GGAUGCGACAUCAGCCGCGGCAGCAAUUGCGGCAAGGAGGAGCGAGAAGGCCGACGGGCGGAUGCCGAGGAGUUCUCCCAGGCUCUCGCGCCGAUCGCAGAGGGCGGCGCGCAGCUGGCGGGCGGCGCGCAGUUAGGCGGCCAGCUCAGGGGCUUCGCGGCCAAGGUCGAAGCGCAGGCCGACCCGCCGAAGGCGAAGAAGCAGAGGGCGUUGCUCCAGGAGUGGCAGGAGAAGCUUGAGGAGAAGGCCACGGAGGUCGCGAAGAAGGAGGCGCCGCCCGAGAAUAUCCACGGCGGAGGGAGGUGCCAGCCGCAGAGCUCCACGCUGCAGCUGAUCACCAGGACUCCCGAGCAGUUGGCUCUCGACGCGGCGAAGCUGGCGGUCGUGGAGGCCGCGAUGAAGGCGCCGAAGGAUUUGCAGGAAGGCGCGAAGAGCUGCGCCACCCAGCUCCAGGAACGCACGGGCAAGGCGAAGGAGCUGGCGGCGAAGGGCAGGGAGGCGUUCGGGCAUAAUGCAAAGAAGAGGGGGAUCGACGCGAAAGAGUCGAGGGAGGAAGCGCACCCGCCACCCUCAGCGGUAGCAUCGUCGCCAGCGGCGGGCGCAGGCGGCGGUGGGACUGACGGCCGCAUGACGGCAGAGGGUAAGGGGGGCGUGGACAUGGAGGGCGAGUUGCGCCAGAAGGCCGGGGCGGAGGUCGCUGGAGGGGCCGCCCCGCCCGGGGUCUCCGCCUGGAAACGCAGCGGGCAAGGUUUUCAUGCGUGCAUCGCGCUGGAGACGCGCUCGCUGCUGCGGGUGGGGCGAGGGGUCGAGGCGCGCCGCGCAGCGGGCCGGCAGUCCGUCGAGUCCGAAGGAUGCUUCGACGUGCGCGUGGGCGCGCGCAUCCAUGCGCUACCCGUGGACAUGCUGACCUGCUACAGGGCCGACGCGGAGCCCUUCCCCGUCGACCUCGCGCGCGCAAGCCCCGGGGCCUUCGGGCGCUUCGUCGACCUCGAGCCCGUCGCAGACGUCAGUUGGUCGCUGCGCGUCGGCCAGAAGCUGCGCGUCAGGGCGGAGAUCAAGCGCGGCGUCGCCGGGGGGCGGGCGCUGCCGAGGGCGCUCUGCCGCCCGGAGCUGGGGGCGCGGAGGAGGCCGAACCUAGGCGGCGAGGGCAAGGGCGGGCCGAGCGCGAAGCACAGGCACCACCGCGCCUGCAACGACAGAAACCGGAACUGA